GUUAAGUUAAAUGUUAUAAAUCAUACUUCAGAUGUUUAUAUGUUGUUGUUGUUUUUCAUGCUUUGUACACUUUGUAUUACUUUAUACAGACAAAUACAGAUCUUGUGCACAGAAAAAAAUUAAUAAUUGAAAAUUAAGAAAUGUAAAUUCUGAUUCCAAAUCAUAUUUCUGCAAUCUGUCUUGCAAAUAUUUAAGAUUGCCUGUUCACUCAUGUUUUUGCAUAUGAGUGUUUGUUUGGAGAUUUCUGUUUGGGGUCUGUGAAAUCCAUUUAGUCAUGUUUUACUUUCCCUGUUGUCCGCUGCACGGAAAUCUUAUUCAGAACAUCCAGGGAUACGAGGACGUACGCCUACACAAACUGUGUUAGAUUUAGAUUUAGAUUUACUGUAAAGGAGGUAAAGCAACCAUGACCAGAUGGACCAGCAGAAGUGUUUUGUUCCUGGUCAUAAUCUUCCUGCUGAUGCCUCUAACCUGGACACGGAGAGGAGCACCAGCUGAGACAUAUAAAACCUUAAACCAAAGACUGAAAAGGCUGAAUCAGCAGUUCAUGAGAUUCAAACAGAUGACCUUCACUCAUCUUCAGAGCAUUGCUGAAAACUACAACAUUUCAAACAGCAUUGACUCUCGAUUUCAAGUUUUGAGUCUGCAAUUUGAGAGGAUCUUCAGAGAGCUCCAGGGAUUUAAAAAAACAACAGAGCGCAGUCUGAAGUCCCUCAAAUCCUGGACUAAGAGUCUACAGAAAAAGACUAAGAGGCUUGACUUGAGUCUGGCCAACAUGACAAGAGCUUUGAGGGAGAACAACCAUCUCAACCUCAGACAAAUCCAAAAGCAGAGAACACUGCUUUCUGACCUGUCCCACAAGAUCCAGAACCAGCAAAGUCACAUCGGCUCUUUGGAGUCCUUGAGGAAUCAGGUUCAACAUGGGAUGCAGGAUCUUCGGGCCUCUCUCAAAAGGCAUCAGACCCAGAUAAUGAAGUUGGAGAGUCAGAUGCAAGGGUUGUUUAAGAUCAUUUCAGCUUCCAAGGCAGGAGUUUUAGAUCCCCCCAAUUCUAGGAAGCAACAAGGUGUGGUUCUGAGGCAUGUCCAGCCUAAACCGAAGCCUGAAGAACAAAAAAUGAGAGAUAGAUUGCCAACUUCUGGGCCCACCAAACAACCACAGACACAUAAAAUAAGACACAAACAACAGCAACCCUGGCAGAGCACUGUACAACCAACAGUUGAGGCUGAAGAGGAACUUUUUCAGCUUCCUCUUCGACACAAAAUCCCACGUAUUCAAGCCCCAAAGGAAGAAGCCAGAAUUUGCAAUGUGGGUUCGAUGCUUCUGUUCCCGUCUGCUUCCACUGAAAAUUAUCUCACCUUCCAGACGAGAUUCCAAACGGGAAUACAUGAACUCUCUAUCUGCACUUGGCUGAAAGUAGAUGCAAAGUAUGUUGGAACAAUUCUUUCUUACGCCACAGAGAACAAUGACAAUAUGCUUGUUCUCUAUGGCCGAAAUUCUGGUGUACUGGGCUUCAUGGAUUUUGUGAUUGGAGAUCCAGCGUAUCGUGAAUUAUCUUUACAAAAUAUCCUGGAUGGCCGCUGGCACCAUUUAUGCAUCAUCUGGUCUUCCAUUGAAGGCAGGUUUUGGUAUUAUUCAGACAGUCGUCUCGUAUCUACUGGAUCCAAGUUCCAGAAGGGUUAUGAGAUCCCUCCUGGGGGCUCUGUGGUCCUGGGGCAAGAACAGGAUUCGGUUGGAGGGGACUUUGAUGAAGCUGAAGCAUUUGUGGGCAGACUGGCUGGCUUUGCGUUUUGGACUAGGACCCUAAGCCCUGGGGAGGUGUCUGGGCUGGCCACUGGCAAAGGGGUGCCACGAGGAGUAGUGCUCACCCUGGAUGAUGUAGACCAGAUGUUUGGCUCUGUUCAGCACAUUACCUGUGAGUGUCUGGAACACUGCAUGUAAAGGCAUGACAGAAUCAGCCAGAAAAACACCUCUGUAUACACAUUGUUUUUUUAUUUCCAUUUAUUUUGGUAAAACAACACUGUUUAUUUUUAUUGAUCAAAUUUUACACAUUUGGUCUUACUAACUUUUGACUAUAAACUUUGCUUUAAAUAAACAUACAUCAUAUUCUUGUUGGUCACAGUCUACAUUCAGCAACUAGAUGUCUUAUUCAGCAAAAAUAUAAAUAAAUGAAUCAAGGAACUUUAAUAUGUCGUAUU